AUGGACGCGGCUCAGAUCUCAGCACUUGUGACGGCAGCAGUGCAAGCGGCACUCCAGAAUCAAGACGUGAUUAAUGCCAUUCGCCCUCCAGCAAGAGUCAUCCCAGCUGUUCCAUUCGCAGUUACUCCUGCAGGAGCAGGAAACGACGCCUGGGACUUCACCACGUCGACAGGACUUAAGAUCUUCAUGGCAUCGACUGCCCCUCUCCCAGUGCUCUACGAUGGGAAAGAAGCAGGGCUUAGAGACUUUCUCAGGAAGAUCCUGCAGAGAGCACAAUCGUACGGAUGGUCCUCGAUCCUUAUGGUGGCAGACACGGCUGGAAAUGUCAAGAACAUAACCACCCAGCACGGAAGUCUCAACUUGACCAACGUACAAGCUCAUGCGACCACAUACCUUAGGGCGCAACAGCGACAACACCAAGCGUCGGCCUGCCUCAGCAAGCUCAUCAUGGGAUCGAUCACCCCAAAGCUGGCCAAUCGGUUAGCGACACGGAGCAACAACUACAACCUGAACGUUGCAGUCAUUCCACCGGCACCACAUGCAGCACCUGCACCAAUCAUCAAGGAAGACGGCACUUGCAUGCUGUAUGAACUGAUCAGCAUGGUUUCAAUCGAAACCAUAGCAACGGUAGCUAUCCUCAACAAGAAACUCAUCAAUCUCGAGCAUAUCAUGGAGCAAUCCAAGUCCAACAUCGAAGAUUUCAACUUCGUCGUGGAUGACUUGAUCGCGCAAUUGGAUGCAAGGAGUGUUGCACCACCUCCAAUGAUCCACAGCCUCUUUGAUGGUUAUGCAAACUGUGCAGACCCUGAAUUUACGAAGUACAUUGCGUUCAAGCUCAUGUGCUAUGAAGACGGUACCAUCCAGCUUGAUUAUGAGUCGCUCAUGCACAUGGCAGCCGAAAAGUACAAGUCGCUCGUGAGAAAGGACAAGUGGAUGCACAAGAGUGAAGAACAAUUGGAGAUCAUUGCUCUCAGGUCGGAGAUCAGCGAUUUAAAGGCGAUGCCGUCAGUGCAGGCAGCUUCAGCUAACAAGAACUCAGAGAAGAAGGACCAAAAGAAGGUCAGCUACGCGGACAAGUUCGCCUGGAAGCUGGUUGAACCAAAGAGCGGUGAGCCGAAGGAAAAGACAGUGAACAACAAGACGUACAUCUACUGUCCGUACCAUGACACAACCAAAUGGGUCCUCAAGGUCAACGACAAAGGAGUCGACCAUCGCACCGGAUGCACCAAGAAGAAGGAAGCCCUGGCUGCAGCGGCCAUCAACAAGGAAGAGGAUACCACCGCUGCUGCGCUUGCCGGUGCCAUGGAAGACGUCGGUACAGCCACGGUGGAUGUCAACCCCUGA